CGACCACCGCGUCGCAGUAUCGUAACAGAGUGGGUCUCAGCUACCGCAGUCUCUCUGAUUACCGCCUAGUGAAUAUCCUCACCCCUCGCAUCAGCGCCCUCGCGCCGCCAAUCGCGGAAGAUGGUCCUCGGAACGACCUCCAGCUCCGUCUUCAUGAUUUGCGUUAGGCACGAUGUUGAAAUCUCUGCACCCUCUCCACAUGGUCGACGGCCCACCUACCCUGUAACGCUGAUCUCGCUCAGAUACCAGCGGGGUAAACCCGACAGCGGUGCACUCAAUAGCAGCCCAGACGCGUACAGCUUGCCCUCUACUCCCAUACUCGCCCUUCACGAUGAGUACUGCUACGAUAGACGCGCUGGCGCCGUGGAACGAUGGGCGUUACUUUGCUCAGAUCCAGAAAGCGAAGCCUCUGCCCUCGCCUGAAGAGUGUGCGGGUAAGCCAUUGCAGGAGGUCGUGAAGCUCGUUGCGUCGCGCCUACUUGGUGAUUCGUACGAGCUGAAGGAGGUCCCGGCCGAUCUCAAGAGCGAGCCCGGCUUUGAAGUGUACGAUACCCUGACUGCAAUCCUCCCUGUACUUUCUGAACAGUCGGCCUGGCAAUGGAAGAGGCCAGCACGCUCACUCGCGUCGAUGCUGGAGAGCGCAAAGUACCCCGUCAGAGUGCAAACCAGCCACUUAAUCUUCUGGUGGGCGCGUCUCGGCGGCCUCAACGGCGUGCCUAAACUCGGGCACGCAAAGGAGACCCGCACGAUGUGGGUCCGUGACGGAUCCAACACCGAGCUAUCCUGGCAAAUCCCAGCGAACACCGACCCAAAUGAGGCUGAAAAUCGGCGUGUACGCUUCGCGAUCGAUCCCUUUCACCCUGAGACCGGCCUGCGUCUUGCUGGCGGGGGUAUUAUCGACUGGCUCUGGGGCGAAGGCGGGAUGGGGCUGAUCGAUCACGAGGGUACGAAGGAGUGGAAGGAUAAGAUGGAGAAGUGGCUUUUCCCUAACCUGCCGAGUUCGACGACGCCCGUACCUGGGUGCCAUUACGCGGUUGCCCUUGAUCUGGAGCCGGAUGGCCUGAUUGGCUUGAAGCAGUACUACCUCCCGCCUCGUCCACGGGGCGCGCAUGCAAGCUACGAAGACGCCAAUGGCAUCCAGGUCACCAUGACCAACCACCAGGGUGACCUCGAGCCCCUGCGGCCACUGCUCAAGGAACUCAACCCCGCCCUGGAGGCGCCCUUCGACGUGAUGCGCGACUAUGUCAAUGGCCCCGGCGAGCCGUCCAAGCUCAAGUUCCUCGUCGUUGCGUGCGAUCUCGUUCCCGAUAACAAGAACAGGCUAAAGAUCUACUACUUCCCACUUGCUCAACACACCUUCAAGGACGUCUUGCGGGAUAUGACGCUCGAUGGCAAGCUCAACGGGCCCGUCAUUGAUGAGGCCAUGGACAAGCUCCGGCUCUUCUACAAGUGCCUCUUUCCCAACAACUCCGACGACGACCUCCUCCAGCCGCUCGACGGCGGCGUCGGCGGCCUCUCCUACUACUACGAGCUCAUCCCUGGGCACCCGCUCCCCUGUCCCAAGGUCUACUUCGACAUGUCGAACUACGGCGAGAAUGACCUGCAGACGACGCAGGCCGUUGAGGCGUUCUUUGCCGCCGUAGGGAAGCCGAACGCACAGCCUGGGUGGUACUCGGAGAGUAUGCAGCGUGCCUUCUCUCAUCGCCCGCUCGGCAAGCGUGCGGGUAUCCAGACGGGUGUUACCUUCGGGUUGAAGCCAUCCGGGAAGUGGCAGAUCACUGGCUAUAUGUCGACCGAGGUCUUCGCUGAAGAGCGAGGGGAGGGUGGUCCGCCGCAGGACGAGCUCAUCAAGGAGUUCUACGACAUCUACGUCGGUUGAACGUCGUUGUACAUCGGUAGGUAAGAUAGAGAAGGAUAUCCGUAUCAUUAUAGGGUGUGUGAAUAUCAAGAUGGAUGGACAGAUC